AUGGGCCUCACUUGUUCCCAGCUGGCUCCAAGUUCAUGGCAGGAUGAGGGUGAUGCGGCUGAUGGCAUCUCCCCGAACGACUUGCAGAAAGGUGGUCCGAACUUGGAAAGUCUGGGAGAAGUGACCGCGGCUCCUUCUGUCGUCAUUGGGUGGGUGCUUCGCGACGUGAUUGGAUGGCCCUCCAUCUUUCAAGCGACCGACAUCACCGAAGAAAAGCUGAAAGUGGAGGUCAAAACCGAGGUGCAUGUAGCUCGGUUGCUCAGGUGCUGGGAGGAGCACGGGGAAGCGUUUCCUGAGGCGUUUGUUCAGGAGCUCUCCCUGCUUGUGACCAGCUUCCAAGCAGAGGACUGCACAUCUGAAACAACAUCAGAAUCAGGAAUCCCUCAGAGGCUUCUGGUCACCUACGAGGAUCUUUGGAAGAGGGACCUUCAAACGGAGGCCCAUGCCGCAAGGCUGCGCAAGUGCUGGGAUCAAUAUGGGGACGCCUUUCCAAAGGCCUUUGCAGAGGAGCUGUCCGUAUUUGCGAAGAGCUUGCAAGAGGAAGACAUCAGGGAUAAUGUUGCAGGGAAGAACGUUCGGGUGGCCACUCUCUUGGCGCAGGUCUUUGCCAGUCAAAACGCGUCCUUUCACGUGACAAGGCGCUCGCAGGAGCUCUAG